UAACGAAUUUAUAAACCCUUAAUUUCCUCUCAUGGAAUCCGUUGGAUCAAGCUCCACCCCACCGGACCACCACCACCGCCCUCCUCCGCAUCGCCACCGUUUCAUCCCCACCCAACCCUUCUCCGACCGCGUCAUCCGUGCCGUCCGCCACCGCCUCCGCCUCCUCCACCGCACCGACGACUCCUCACUCUUCUUCGUCCUCGGCGCAACCGGAAACGUCUACACCGUCAACAUCUCCGCCGCGCCGUCGUGCACGUGCCCCGACCGCGCCACCCCAUGCAAACACAUCCUCUUCGUCUUCAUUCGAGUACUCGGCCUCCCGCUAGACGAUCCCUCCCUGUGGCGGAGGACGCUCCGGCCGUGCCAGCUCCGCCGCCUCCUCAAUCUCCCCACCUCCCGGGAAGCCCUCGCCGGCGCCGCCGUCAGGGAGAGGUUUCAUCACCUGUUCUUUCAGUCCAGAAGCACCGGCUCGCGGCGGCCGGAUGUGGUGGCGGAAAUCGGCACCGCCUGCCCGGUUUGCUUGGAGGAUUUGGGAAGAGAGGAUAAAGUGGUUGCUUGCGGGACUUGCAAGAACGUGAUACACGAAACGUGUUUCUUGGCUUGGAAGAAAACCUGCCGGAGAAGGUCCGCCACCUGCGUGCUGUGCCGUGCGCGGUGGCGCAACGGCGGCGAUGACCAGGAAAAGUAUUUGAAUCUGUCGGCUUAUGUCAGUGAAGAUGAUCUGGCGGCGGAGGGGAACGGGCCAUGCAGUGAUUAAUUAAUUAAUUUAAUUUGUAAUUU